CAUCGUUCGAGCUGACAAGGUCGCACGUCUGGGGGCGAAAUAUGCUAUUUCUCGUUAUUCAGUGCUCUUGCAGUCGCCUAUAAAGGCACGGUCAGCGGGAUGGCAGUUGCAAUCGUCGUUCGCUGCGCGCCCAAUCUGCACCGGUCUUUCACACCCUCGAGACGAUUCGCGUGCUCGCACCUCACGCCCAUCCACCCGGUUAGAUACCCGGCGACCGCAAUUGAACGCAUACCACCUCUCCACGCCUUCGCCACGAUCGUUUGCUACGUCCUCUGAGUCCGCUAUGGGAUUCUACGAUUUAAAGGCUGAGCUUCCUGGAGGAAAGGUGUACGAUUUUGCGGAUUUGAAGGGCAAGGUCGUUCUGAUUGUUAACGUUGCCUCGCAAUGCGGUUUCACGCCGCAAUACAAAGGUCUCCAGGAGCUCUACGAUAAGUACAAGGACAAGGGCUUCAUCAUCCUCGGCUUCCCUUGCAAUCAGUUCGGCGGACAAGAGCCCGGAGACGACGCCGCUAUCAGCCAAUUCUGCACGCUCAACCACGGCGUCACCUUCCCGCUCAUGAAGAAGUCGGACGUGAACGGCGACAACACGAACGAGGUGUACAAGUGGCUGAAGGGGCAGAAGUCAGGCCUGUUGGGCCUUACCCGGAUCAAGUGGAAUUUUGAGAAGUUUCUGAUCGACAAGAACGGGAACGUUGUCCAUCGUUGGGCGUCCACGACGUCGCCGGCCGCUAUCGACGCUGAAGUCGCCAAGUUGCUCGAGGCAUAAUCAGGUCAUGAUACGUUAUCAAUCAGCAGGAUGGAAUGCAAGCUGCUUCUGCAAAGAAUAACAAAGAACAUUUCUCCACCUGAACAUGUGAAUGACACUGCGGGUUGCGGGUUGCUUGAACGCUGCGACACUCACACAGCGCGUGGAUGAUUCAUGCUAUGAGGGGUCGAUAAUGAAAGACGAAGGUAACAAGUGGCUUGUCAUCGAGAGGGUGGCAUUCGACAUAGUUGGGGCGAGAACAUCGUUGGUCUCCAGUAAAACUGGGGUAGUAAGUUGGAUGAAUAGAAACGGUCCG